AUGGUAAAGAUAAAGGAAUUGACAGCACUUGGGUUCCCUCCCCUCUUCAUCAAGCCUUCAACUUCCAGUAAAGAUAGGAGUAAACCCGAACAGUUUGAUCUUGUUCAGCUUGUGAACUGUGCCUAUGAACUUAUACAGAGACAUCAAAGAAGUAUGAAGAAACAUGAAGAUUUAGAAACAAAGCAAAUGCGAACCAGUAGUGACUUGGAACACCUACAGACAAACCACACAAGAUUAAAAGAACAGCACGAACAGAUACAGAGAGAGAAUAUAUCUCAAGGGGAGAGAGAAAGGCAGCUGACAUUACAACUCAAGAGCUCACAGUCCAAGCUUAAAAGCCAGAAAGAUGAGAUGAGGAAACUUGAGGGAAUCUUAAAACACAGAGAUGUUCAAUUCAAGCAUGAUUUGAAGAAGAAGGAAAGAGAAGUAAAUAGAUUAAAAGAGCGUAUUCAUCAGUUACUAGUCGACAAGAACCAGGAAAGAAGGAUAGGAAUGGAUAUACUCAAUUCAUUACAGAGGACAGAUGGUAAAAGAGGGACGUGGAAAACCGAUAAAAGUGGUAUCAAGUAAGUGAUGAUGCAUGCUGUAUGCCGAGGGUGUGAUAUAUUUAGCAGGAUGUUAAACAGGGAAGGGCAAUAUCAGAGAAAGUUAUGCUUUGGAAUUUUAUGUAGAGUUGGGGACAGAAUGAAGGCAUUGACAAAUAUUUUUGUUGUUUGACAAUGUUUGUUGAUUGAUGUGGUGAAUGAUGUAUUUUAUGGAGAUGAUGUUGCUGAAAAAUUAGUGCAAAUGACACAAAUACAAAAGGUGCUUUUCAACAAGGUACUCUCUAUAAAAGCCAAGUGUACUGUAGGGACCUUGUGGAUUUAGUUUGAAUCCUAAUUCUUUUUGUAAUAUCUAGGGAUUUGAAUUUUAAUCCUUUAAAAUUUAAAGAUGAAUCUCUAGAAUUUAAACUUAAUCAACAAUUUGAUUGGUAUCUACUCUAAUCAACCUGGAUUUAUUUUAUAUCUCUGCAAGUUACACGUAGAAUGUAGGUGAUUGCAGUGACAUGUAUUUUGUUGAUCAUUAUGUUGAUUAAAGUGAGGGCAGGAUAAUGCUGAAUUGCUGAUGAUCAUGUAUGUAUCAUUGCUAUGACUUUGCUGGUUUGUAUACUCUAUAUAUACAAAUCAUUAUUUGUGAAAAAUUUGGUGAUAAAUUGAAAUAAUAAUAAGUUCAAUAAUGCAUGUAUCAAUUACUUUUGAUUAUUUUUAAACCAUAUUAUUUUUGUGGUUUUGAAAUGAUUAUUUUCCUUGGAUAUCAUUUAAAGAUUUUUUUUCUGUAUGAUGCAAAACAUUGAAAUCUAAUUUCCGGAAAUUAGUUUGACAGAUAACUUUGAAUUGAAUUCAUGUAUAGAACUCAAGAUUUUAUAGAUAAUCCGUAUUAAUAAGAAAAAAGAGAAUUUGAAAAUAAUGUUAAAAGAUAAAAAUUUUCAAAAGAAGGAAAUAGAUUUUAUUGAACAAGACAUACAUGUAUUAUUGCUACAUCGAUAUUGUAAAUGUCAAAGUGGCUUUAAAAAAAAUAGACCUCAAUCUAUUCAUCUCACCAUAUAUCACAUCGCAGUUCGCUCCAACUUGUGUUUUAUAGAAAUUUUCAACAUAUUUGAUGUGAUUUCUAUUCCCCUGAUCUCAAAAUAUAUGUUCCUCUAUGGAAAGGUUAAUGGCAUUCUCCCCUGUUGUCAUGGAAAUCAACUAACAACAUUUGGGAGGCGAAACAUAAAAUGUCACAGCAAAAAUAGGCCAGCCACUGCAGUGUAUAUUCCCCAAGUUGCCUAAAAAAGAUGCCAUUAUAAACAACCAUUCAUCUGUUGACAUAUAACUACAGUAUACAUGUAUGUCACAGAUUGUAAAUUUGAUCAUUUUUUUUAUUUAAUUAGUAAUUACAGUACAAAAGAAUUUUUGAAAAGGCUGUUGGUAUUUCCAACUCGAUACUUAUGCUGCAGUUUACUUUUGAGAUGACAAUUUCUUGUUGAUGGAAAGAUCUGAAGUAACAUUAGUAGUAAUCAACCAACAAGUUUGGGCUGUUAGUGUUACACUACACAUGAGUAUUCAGAGCAAACCAAAAGGAAGUGGAAGAGUUCAUUCAGGAAAUUCUUGAUGGACAUUCUUGAUGGACAUCUGACACAAAGUGAUUUGAACACUAUUUGUAGCGAAACAAAAGCUUUCCUACAUUGUAUAAUCUUAAUGAGAGUUGUACUUUAACCUUUUAGGAUACUGUACACUCUAUACACAUGUAGGCUUUAAUAUGAUAGAUUAUGGAAGUGGUUUUUGUUUGUUAAAGUUUAAUAGACAAUAUCUGUACUUGUUCCAAUAGAUUGUUUCAUUUUUCGUAUUUCCCUGAGGACUGAGAUUUACUAUCUUUGAAAGUUCAGUAGUAACCUGAAUAAUUUGUGAAGGAUUAGCUUCAGCAAUCUUGAAUGAUGUAUGAUGGAAAUGAAAAAAAAAAUCAUCGAAAUAAGAAGAAUAGCGUUCUUGUGGCAGCAAAGAGGAACUUUUUUUGCAUAAAACACCUCAAAUCCAUUUCCAUUUCUCUUUCAUACAGAUCAUUCCUAUCACAGGAUAAUUCUCUCUUUGUUUUAUUUUGAAUUUCAAUUUUUGAUCUGAUUACGUUUAAAUGUAGGGUUAUAGAUAUCCAUGAAUAAUAAAUAGACUAGAUGUAGGGGAAUUUAGGUUCACACAAUCUAUAUAUCAGCAAGUCUUAUUUUCAUAUUCCUAUUCUCAAUGGGGAAUGCUGGUGAUGCCUGAGCAAUUUACUCCAGGGACCAAAACACAUCCCAUCUUGUGCGGAACUUGUGCAGAUUGAACUGUGCGCAUCAUUAUCAUUCCAGCUCGUUGACAGACAGAUGUGAAUUUUGACACCCGUUUUAUUGGUGUUGGCUAGGGCAAAAGUGCACAGAACAAUGACCUUUAGAGGGUCCAGUUCCUAUGGGUUGAUGUUCCUUUCACACUAUUACCUGAAGGGAUGGGUAUUUGCUGCACCUCUGAUAAACUCCCCUCUAAUCUUAAUCUGGAAAGUCAUGGUCUCAUAGAGAAUUCUAUUCCUUGAAGCCCCCCGGUCUAUUAUAUUUAUCUUAUGUAUUCAUUUGUUUAUACUGUUUAAUAUAAUACUGUUUUGUCGUACAAAUGCAAUAGGCCUAUAAAACAUGUAGGCCUAUUGCAAAAGGAAAAAACAUAAACAAAUUCCCUUUCCAUCUCGAAUAUGAGGGGCUCGGAGACAAACUUUGGAGAAGAGAGAGACUUUUAAUUUGAAUAGAUGCAACUUGGUUGUUUUUCAUUGAAUGCCGUGUAAGGACAUUAUUCUGUUCACACCCAUUAAUUUUUUUACCAUACCACCAUGUCCACAAUUUGCAUAUUCUCUUUGCUGUUCAGUGUUCAUUGUGUGAACAUUAAUACAUGUAGGUGAGAAGGUUGGUAGUAGAACAUAUUAGAUUGGAAGAGACUCCACAGACCCCUUGGACGUUAGUCUGAACGCAGGGUCGGCUACCCUGACGUUAUGAGAGUACAAUGUAACUCCUGGAGUAGGUGUCUGUGUUUGUGUUGAGGGACUCAAGGUGUGUUGGUUUUACCAUACAAUUGUUAAAGUCAAGUCCAUUCAUUGUGUUGAAUAUGUCAAAUACCUGGCACAAUGUACAAUUACAUCUAUACAUAGAACAAAUGCAAUAACAAUUUCCUGUUUAGGUUGUCAUUGUCUGUUUGCAGGCUUGCAUCAAGUUAAUCAUAAAAUUGAUUAAACUGUUUUGUUGUUUUAAACUGAUUGAGCAGUGUCCCUUGAAGAAACAGAAUCAGGUGCAUGCUCAUCAUGUAUACCGGUACCUAUAAGGUGGUUUCAGACCGCCUCAAAGUUCGCCAGUUCCAGGUAUUCUCUGAUCGGGAAAUUUACCCCGAUCAGAAAAUACCAGGUAUUUUGGCGGUCUGAAAGCAAACUACGCGUAAUAUCCCCAAAAGAAAAUACCCGAUAAAUAGUAGGUACUUGGCGAAAUUACGAGAACUUUCGCGGGGAUUUUUCCAAGGUCGUGGGUAUUUUGGCGGUCUGAAAGCAAAUUACGGGAACUUUUAGCCCAGCGUGUCGUUGGGUGCGGCGCCGUGCAUGGGUUGCUGCUGGGCUAGUGAUUUUGAAUUUCGCGCCUUGCUGCUUAUCAGACCAUACUGCGCAUGCUCGUAACUUCAGGAACUUAUCCCGAAGGGUAUGUUUCAGGGCGGUGUGAAUGCAGUCCUGAAUAAUUAAUGGGUAUUUUUCAGCCUAAAAAAGUUCUCGUAAUUUAACAGGGAUACUUGUGAUCGAGGCGGUUUGAAACCACCUAUAGUCACACAGGCAGGUAGGCCUACAUGUUAAUGUAUAGGUUUUAGCUUCCUAUUAAACCCUUUAUAUUUGUACAGUCCUGAUAAUCAGGAAAUUACUGAAAAGUAAUAAUUCUAUUCACAAUCUGAAGUUCAAAUCUAAUUUUUGAAAAAGAAACACAUUCCAGCUAUAAUUAUUAGUAAUUUAGAAAUUAAAAAUAUAGAUUGGGGGACAAGAGGGUUAGAUAUACCCAGAGAGACAG